UUAAACACGUCACUCGGCUGGCAGGCAGGCUGGCUAGUAUCUGGCGGUGGUGGUGUGCGGUUGGACUGUGGUUGUGUUUCAGGUCUGGUCGUGUUGAUAACGACACACUUACGACGCAUUUCAUCGCGGGAGAGAUGGGAGUUGUGAAGAAAUGGCUCUAAAACAAAUUGCCCCAACGCUGCUGGCCCUGCUCGGGCUGGUGGCCGUCGGUAAUGCUUUACGUUGCAACUGCACAAACUGUGAGAAGACGGGCUAUGAGUGCGAGACAGACGGUGCCUGCAUGGCUUCAACUUAUUAUGUCAAUGGGAAGGAGGAACACGUACGUGUCUGCAUCAACCAGGACAGCCUGGUCCCCCCUGGGCAACCGUUCUACUGUUUGAGUGCUGAAGGUUUCUUCAAUACUCACUGCUGCUAUGUAGAUUACUGCAACAGUAUUGACCUGAAAGUCCCAGUCCCAACCAAAGGGGGGGAAUGGUCAACCCAAGUGAGCAACUGGGGGCCAGUGGAGCUGGUGGCAGUGAUUGCAGGGCCCGUGUUCCUGCUCUGUGUGUUGCUGAUGGUCGGGGUGUUCCUGUUCCAGUAUCACCAGAGGGCCUACAGCCACAGACAACGGCUGGAGGUAGAAGAUCCCUCCUGUGACCAUCUAUACUUGGCCAAGGACAAGACGCUCCAGGACCUAAUCUAUGACAUGUCCACCUCUGGAUCAGGCUCUGGUUUGCCCCUGUUUGUGCAGCGGACUGUGGCCAGGACUAUUGUGCUGCAGGAAAUAAUAGGAAAAGGUCGCUUUGGGGAGGUGUGGCGCGGGAAGUGGAGGGGAGGCGACGUAGCAGUGAAAAUCUUCUCAUCCAGAGAAGAGCGCUCCUGGUUCAGAGAGGCUGAAAUCUACCAGACAAUCAUGUUACGGCAUGAAAAUAUCCUAGGAUUUAUUGCAGCAGACAACAAAGACAACGGCACUUGGACUCAACUCUGGCUGGUGUCAGACUAUCACGAGCAUGGCUCACUUUUUGACUACCUGAAUCGUUACUCUGUCACCAUUGAGGGGAUGAUCAAAUUGGCGCUAUCAGCUGCCAGCGGCUUGGCACACCUACACAUGGAGAUCCUAGGCACUCAGGGUAAACCUGGCAUUGCUCACCGUGACCUCAAGUCCAAAAAUAUUCUGGUUAAGAAGAACGGCACAUGUGCUAUAGCUGACCUAGGUCUGGCUGUCCGCCAUGAGUCUAUCACAGACACGAUCGAUAUUGCACCGAAUCAGCGCGUGGGCACUAAGAGGUAUAUGGCUCCAGAAGUCCUGGACGAAUCCAUAAACAUGAAACACUUUGACUCCUUCAAGUGUGCUGACAUUUACGCACUGGGCCUGGUGUACUGGGAGAUUGCGCGUCGCUGCAACACAGGAGGUAUCCAUGAGGAGUACCAGCUACCCUACUAUGACCUUGUGCCCUCUGACCCGUCCAUAGAAGAGAUGAGGAAGGUGGUGUGUGACCAGAAACUGAGGCCCAAUGUGCCCAAUUGGUGGCAGAGCUAUGAGUCACUGCGCGUGAUGGGGAAGAUCAUGAGGGAGUGCUGGUAUGCCAACGGAGCAGCCAGACUGACAGCUCUGCGCAUCAAGAAGACUUUGUCUCAGCUCAGCGUGGAGGAGGAUGUGAAGAUGUGAGCGUACAGGCGGCAGAAAGACACUCUGGAGACGCACAACCAGACAACACUCCCAUAGGAAAGAAACACUAAAGACAGACUGCAAAUGAAAACCCUGCCAGUUUUAAAGCCACACUCCAAGUUGUGACAAGGCCUACCUCACCUUUUUAGCCAAAACUACUGAGAAUCAACCCUUCUCCUCCUCCUCCUGACUUUUCUCUCCCUUCCCCUGCCUCCCUUUAGCUCCUCACGUCUCUUCCUCCUUCCCUCUGACUCCCUUCUCCAUGGGCCACAACACUACAGCACUACCACUGUUAAUAUCAUCACACUCAACCUUUCUUUUUUCAUCUCCCAUGGCAGGAAGUAGAACUCUUGUACAGUGAAAAGAAUCUUCUGUUUUUGAUCAUCUGUUUUCUUGUUUUUCCUUUUAACCUCUCUGAAAUUGUCCAACAUGGACUAAAGUUGUCCAGAAGAGUCGGGCAUGUCGUGGGCUUCAAGUUUAGGAACGAUUACACAUAACUUUCCGUUGUGUUGGUCAUACAACAUCAUAUUCUGUCGCUGUAAGGAGGGGAAAGAGGCUGAAGCACUGUUUUUUAUAGGUGUGUGUGCGUGUGUGUGUGCGCGUGCGUGUAAGUAAAAGGUGUCUGGACUACUAGCAUGUUCCCAAGACACUACAAUGUCUACUGGUGUAGGCUGUAGUUCAUUAGAGAAAAUCAGUUAUUGGGCAUGUGGUAAUUAAGCAUGAACAGCUGGAUUGUGCUUUUUUCCCCUCAUUUUAUUCCCUCACUUGAAUCUUCAAACACAAAUUAGUUGCACUCAACUGUAGCUUCCUCAUCACAUGUGAGACCGGGCAGGUGUCACAUAGCAGAUGCGGUCCAGUCCUGGCGUUUAGUUUGAAAUGUGGCAGGGAUAAUGUUGAAUUUAUUCAAUUUUUUUUUUU